AAAAUGGCCCCUCACCAAACUUUGACUUUUGCUUUUGGGCUUCUAGGCAACGUCAUUUCAUUUAUGGUCUUCCUAGCUCCACUGCCAACAUUUUAUCAAAUAUGCAAGAAGAAAUCUACUGCAGGAUUUCAAUCACUUCCAUAUGUGGUAGCACUCUUCAGUUCAAUGCUGUGGAUCUAUUAUGCAUUGCUUAAGAUGGAUGCAAAGCUUCUCAUCACCAUAAACGCAGUUGGCUGCAUAAUCGAAGCAAUCUACCUCAGCGUCUUCGUAUUUUAUGCAACCAAGAAUGCCAGGAUCCUGACUGUGAAGCUUCUACUUCUGUUAAACGUUUUGGGGUUUGGCCUCAUGCUUCUACUUACUCUCUUCCUGGCAAAAGGCUCCCAGCGUUUACAAAUUAUUGGAUGGAUUUGUUUGGUAUUCAACAUAUGUGUAUUUGCUGCCCCACUUUGUAUCAUGAGACAAGUUAUAAGAACCAAGAGCGUGGAGUACAUGCCAUUUCCUUUAUCUUUCUUCCUGACCUUAGGUGCAGUGAUGUGGUUCUUUUAUGGCUUUCUUCUCAAGGACUAUUACAUUGCUCUUCCAAAUACUGUGGGAUUUAUCUUCGGCAUAGUUCAGAUGAGCCUCUACGUAUUUUACAAGAAUGCCAAAAAGAUGAUUCUGGAGAAGCCGAAGCUGCAACAAUUAUCUGAGCACAUCAUUGAUGUAGUUAAGCUAGGCACAAUUGGGUGUCCAGAACUGAAUCCUGUAGCUGCACUUAAAAAUGUUGAUGGAAAUGACCAUGCAAACGGAGAUAUAAGUGAGAAGGAAAAGGCAGAAGAACCCACUAAACGCAAGGAUGAUCAGUCAGCUGUUAACCCUUAGCCCUUUCAAGGGGACGUACGUGUGGUUUUAAUAUUAUUGUACUUA